UAAAACGAAUAAAAAUUAAUAUAUAAUUUAAAUAGAAAAAACUUUGAUUAAUAAAAUCAAAGAAAAAUAUCGAAAGCAAUUUACUAAAUGCAUAUAUUAAAGAAAAUUAUAUUUGAAUUUUGCGCUUGCGUAUUAUCUCGCCAACAUCUAUUGACUUGGAAAUGCGGAGAAGUGUGGCGAGUAUCGGACAUCUCUUACAACUUUACAAUAAUAAUAAUAGUAAUAAUAAUAAGACACUAAUAAAUAAGUAAAAACAUUCCGGCGAAUGCUAUAAAUGAUGCUGAAACAACGUAGAAUUAACAAGAAAAAUGUUGUAAAUGGGGAAUAAUUUGUGCGUAAAUCACGAGAAAUCUUCUUCUUCUUCUUCUUCUUACGUAUUGGAUCAGAUUAUCAGCGAAAAUCCGGAUGAAGAACAAAAUCCUAUAUAUUCUCUAGCCAAUUAUAAAAAAGGUGGUAUACUUAUUAAUACUUACAAUCAAAAAGGUAAGGAAGGAGUAGGAAAAUUUGCUAGAGAAUUUCUACCGAAAUUUUUCGAAGAUAAGAAUUUCACUAACGAAAAAGAUCAGAUUUCCGUAUCUUUAGAUGGUCCUAUGCAUAAAAGACUAUGGAAAUUAGAGAGUAGAGGUUUAUUAGGAGAAAGUCUUUUGCAUAUUCUUGUCAUCUGCAACACGCCAACGCAUACAGAAAUUGCAUUAACUUUGUUGGAAUUGUUUCCUAAUUUGGCUUUGGAUAUUAUCGAAGGAGACGAAUACUUUGGUGCCAGUGCAUUGCACUUGAGUAUCGCCUAUCAGAAUUUGAAAUUAUCGAAGAUGUUAAUUGAGAAUGGUGCAGAUAUCUUUCAGAGAGCCACUGGACGAUUCUUUAAACCUACCGAUCAGCAAUCGGCGGUUCCUAAAAAACAGACAAAUUUUCACGGUUUAUUUUAUUUGGGCGAAUACCCUUUAGCGUGGGCGGCAUGUUGUGAAGACGAAACAGUUUAUAAUUUGUUGAUAAAAUAUGGAGCAGAUCCCAACAUGACUGAUAACUUUGGCAAUAUGGUCCUGCAUGCUAUUGUAAUUAGCGACAAGCAGAGUAUGUAUGGUUACGCAUUAAAACAUCCAACGAAACCAGCAAAGGACGAUAUUUUGAAUAAAUAUGGAUUAACUCCUUUGGCCUUGGCCUGUAAAUUAGGUCGAAACAAAAUAUUUCGAGAGAUGUUAGAACUUCGGUCGUUCGAAUUUUGGAGAUACAGUACGAUCACGUGCUGUGGUUAUCCCCUGAAUGCAUUGGAUAGUUUACUUUCAAAUGGAAAAACAAAUUGGAAUUCAGCUAUACUUAUAAUUUUAAGUGGAAAUACAAAUGAGCAUUUAGAUAUGUUAGACGGUGGCGUGAUCGAAAGACUUCUGGAAGAAAAAUGGAAGACCUUUGCUAGAAUGAUCCGACAAUUUAUGAAGAGACUAUCGUUGAUAUUUAUCCAUUUGGUUAUCAUGAGCAUCGCUGUAUUUUUAAGAAAAGAUAUUGGAAAACCCCUCCUCGGUCCGACAGACAUACAUUCCAUGUGUCGAUAUUGUGCAGAGAUUGGGACUUGUGUCGGUUGUAUAGGAUUUGUAAUUUUUCAGCCAGCCGAAGAAAUUCUAGCUCAAGGAUUAGCCACGUUUUUUAUUAAUGUGAUAAGCAACCCCCCAAAAGCCAUCUUUCUACUUUCGUGCAUAUUAAUACUUUUCUGCAUUCCUUGCCGAUUAACAGGAGAUAGAUCCACUGAAGAUAUCCUUUUAUCCAUAGCUCUUCCUGGAUCUUGGCUCUUCUUAAUGUUUUUUGCAGGGGCCAUUAAAUUGACCGGACCGUUUGUGACUAUGAUUUAUAGUAUUUUAACAGGAGAUAUGUUUAGAUUUUCUAUCAUUUACUUCAUUUUCUUACUGGCAUUCACCCAAGCAUUUUAUUUCCUCUUCAAAAGUCAGAAAAGUAAAAGAUUUCAAACGUAUCCAAAAACUUGGAUAACGCUCUUUCAAAUGACAUUAGGAAAUUAUGAGUACGAUGAAAUCCGUCGCACCGUUUAUUAUUACAUCACUCAAGUAGUUUUCACAGUUUUCCUGGUAUUUAUGCCGAUACUCUUGCUAAAUAUGCUGAUCGCCAUGAUGGGUAAUACGUAUUGUCAAGUGAUUGAACAAUCGGAGAAAGAAUGGGUGAAGCAGUGGGCUAAAAUUGUUGUCGCUCUCGAAAGAGCCGUUAGUCAGAAGAAGGCUCGUGAAUACAUGCAAUGCUAUUCUAUACCCGUUACAACAGCUAAUGAUGAACAAGAAAAUAGAGCCGUUAUGGUUAUUAGAAGAAAGUUAAAGUCGAAAGCUAGACAGAGGAAAGGAGCAUUAUCAAAUUGGAAGAGAAUGGGAAGACGAGUAAUUUUUCAAUUGAGGAAAUCGAAACAAGUGGACACGAAUAAUGUAGCACAGUUAAAUGAUAUUAACGAGCCGAAUGAGAAAUUUGAUACGGGAAAUGAAAAAAAUAAUAGUGUAAAUUCGAAUAUUCUCACUAGUGGAAUGUUAGAUAAUGUCUGUACAAUAUUAGAAGCAUAUUCAAUUGAUAAUUGCUUGGAUCCGUCUUCCCCUACUGCACCAAAUGUAAUGGAUAAUACACCACAAGAAGAUAUUAUUAAAGAAGAAAAAACAAUAAAUAUAGAAACUUGUCAGUUAGUAAAAAAUGUAGAAGAAUUAGAAGAAAGAAAUACUUUGUCAGAAUUAAAAACAAGUAUUCAAACCGGUGACAUCAAAGAAAAGAAAGAGAUAAAUGCGAAUUUAGAAAGAAAGAAAUCUUUGUUGGAAUCAGAGUCAAAAUUUACAACUAGUGCACUCAAAAUCGCAUCGCAAGAGAUUGUUCUUGCAGAAAAGAAAGAUAUUAAUGCAGUGGAGCAAGAAAGGAAAUGCUUUUUGUUAGAAUUCGACCAGAAAUAUUCACGUUCUCUACCUACAAUGUCGUCAGAAGAUGUAGACGAAAACAAGGAAAAGAUACACUUAGAGGAUACAAGAAAAGGAACCAAAAUAAAAAUCUGUAAAAAGCGUAAAAGGCACACAUUUACUAAAUCAAAAGUAGGAAUAUUAACAAACGAAAAUGAACUCAAUCCAGAAAAUAGUUGGAUAGAUAACACGAAAUUACAUCCAAAUAGACCAAAAUCUUCUUACAGAUCAUCGCGUGUAAAGAACCAAGAAAAGAGAACUCCGAAAAGAAAAAGAUGUUCAAAGAAAGUUAAAAUGUCAGAAUCGUCCAGUUUAGAAGAAUUAAAUCAAUAUAACAUUUCUAAGAAUCCAAUAAAACAAAAGGGAUUGACUCAUUGGAGUACGAAAGAUGUAGUCGAUAUGAAAUCUCUAGUUGCUUGGAAUGAAGAUUUUUUUCGGGAAGAUCCUUAAAACUUUCAGAGUAAAUCGUAAUUAUGAUACGUAGAACUACAUUAAACUUUCUAUACUUUCCUUAGUAUUAUAUAACUUAAACGCAAAGCGAAGAAAGUAUUGAUAGAAACAGUUUAAUCAGUUUAACAGCACUAUUUAUAUAUUGAAUGUAGUAAAAUUCACCCAAUAAAAUUUUAUUUAUAUAUAUUUUUUUAUUUU